UUACUCUAGGAGGACUGGGAGAGAAAUGCUGUGCUCAAACCACACCAUGGUCAUGUCUCCUUCAGCAGGGGUAGCACCACGCCACACCCCACACACGAUGAGCCACGAGCUGCUCAGAGCUGCCGCGACCGGCGACAAGGCGCUCCUAGAACAGGUUCUCGGUUUGAGCUGCGACAGUGGAGGCAAGCUCGAAGCUGGCAUCAGCCGGCGGUGCCUGAAAGGCGUCACCUCGGAGGGGAACACGGCGCUCCACACCGCGGCCGGCCGCGGAUACACGGAGCUCGUCCGCAUCAUGUGCGGCGUGGACGCCUCGCUCAUCAGGGCCAGGAACAACCUGCGCAACACGCCCCUGAUCAGCGCCUCGAGGGCCGGGCACGUCGACGUGGUGUGCUACCUCAUCGACCGUGCGCUUGACCCUGCGACGGCGGCGGCGGUGUUGGAAGCCGGCGCGUCCGGUGACGAGGAGUCCGUGCUGAGGGCGAGGAACGCGGAGGGUACGACCGCGAUGCACGAGGCCAUCAGGAACGGCCACGAGGCCGUCCUGGAGAAGCUCGUGUCCGCCGACGGCGGGCUGGCCGCGGUGGUGGAUGGCAAGGGCUUCUCCCCGCUGUACCUGGCCGCCGCGCUAGGCCGCACCGACAUGGUUGCCGUCCUGAUCGGAGGCUCGCCUCCUGAUGAUGGGGUGAAAUCUCCGGCGUACUACGUCGGACCGCAUGGACAGACCGCCCUGCACGCGGCGGUCCUUGUCAGUGAAGAGAUGACCAAGUCACUGUGGUGCUGGGAGCCGACGCUGGCGAAGAAGGUGGACAACUCUGGGAACACCGCCCUCCACCAUGCGGCCUCAGCUGGGAAGAUCGGAGCAGUGAAGCUACUCCUACAGAAGGACUCCUCGCUGGCGUACAUCCCGGACGUGGACGGGCUCUUCCCCGCGCACACCGCCGCGAAGAUGGGCAAGAUCGACGUCAUCGAGCUGCUCAUGGAGACGUGCCCCAACAGCGACGAGCUGCUGGACAACCGGGGACGGAACGUCCUGCACUGCGCCAUCGAGCACAGGAAGGAGAAGGUGGUGCAGCACAUGUGCAGGAACCCGAGGUUCGGGCGGAUGGUGAACGCGAGGGACGGCGCCGGGAACACGCCGCUGCACCUGGCGGUGAAGCACGGGUGCGACGGGAUGGCCAUGCUGCUGACGCAGGACGUGAAGGUGAACCUGAGCGUCAUGAACAACGACGGCGCGACGCCGCUGGACGUGGCCAUCAACGAGCUCGACCACGGGUACACGUACCCGAUGAACCCGGAGGUCCUGAUCGCGCAGUGCCUGGUGUGGUGCGGCGCCCACCGCAGCCCGCGGCGGCGGGACGAGUACCUGGACAAGCGCGCCGGGGCCGGGGGCUCCGAUAGGGAGCUCCGCAAGUACACCAACCUGACGCAGAACCGCGCCAUCGGGUCCGUGCUGAUCGCGACGGUGACGUUCGCGGCGCCCUUCACCGUGCCCGGGGCCACCGCCGACGCCGCCGAGAGGCCGGCGUUCCGGGCCUUCGUCCUGUGCAACGCCUUGGCGUUCAUGUGCUCGACGGUGGCGACGUGCCUGCUCAUGUACGCGGGGCUGACCACCGUGCACCCCAGGUACCGCAGCCGCUACCACGUCUGGUCCUCCAACCUGCUCCACGUCGGCGUCCUGCUCGUCAUCGCCACCUUCGCCUUCGGCGUGCACCUGACGCUCAGCCCGCCGGGAGCGGCCGGGGUCCCCGUCGGGAACCUGAACGCCGCCGUGUGCGCCAUGGCGUGCGUGUCCGUGGUCUUCGCGCACCCGGGCACGACCUGGUGGCCCGUGGUGCUGGCGAGGCCCAUAUGGGCGCGGCUCGGGCUGAAGGGGCUCCUCGGCGUGCUGCUGGGCCCGCGGCCCAUCCCCUGCCAGAAACUGCUGCUCUCGCGCACGCCCUGGCUCAACCUCUUCAAGAUGCUGGCCACGCUGCUCAUCCUCGCCUUGAUCCUCGUCACGUUUCUCUGGGACGUGGCGUACCUGCGGUCACCUGCAAUUCACCACCACUGCCUCUCUUCCACUCUUCUCCUGCAAUCUCAGUGCCAGGUUUACUCGUUCCCUACAUGAUCUGAUAGUGUUUGAUGACGACCGCAGUGAGCAGAGCAUGGCUCCGGUCAACUCGUGCCUCACUGAAACUCCUGCCACUAAAGUGAAACUGAUGAUAAAUAGAUGCUUCUUUUAAUGGCCCAAAAAAUUUCAAACAUGUCAUGAAGGAUACAUGAGCAUCACUGUCUACAAUUCUGAAAAAUUUUAGCAUGGUGAAAAAAUUUUCACCACACGUCUGGCAAGAGCGUGCGCCAUUACUGCUCAACCUCCUCGAGGUCCAUUAUUACUGCUGACAGAUGCCCCAGAAGAGGACCAGGAAGAGGACGCUGAAGAAGACUGAGCGAAGAGGAAGGGAGCUCGCCUUCUACGCUGGGAGAAGAUCUGCCAAAAUAGUUUGAUGGGGUCAAGGGGUUCCUGUCUCAUACAGACCACUCUUUUUUUCUUCUUGUUUCUAGGGUCAUGAAACUUCCUUUUGGUUUGUAUGCGCGGGUGCCCGGGAAUCUUGGGCUUCUGAAUGUCACUGUAGUCGGGCGCCUCCUGCCCUGAAAGUCGGGUCAGGGGUGUUCCUUCCUCUCCUCUGGUGAAAACAUUCUCGUUGUACCCCAUUCUGUCCAUUUACCCCACCGUCUAUCUCUGUUUGUAAGACUGUAUUUUCGUUGGAGCAAUGGAAAUGGGGAUGGCCUCG